AUGAAGCAAUUGUCAUGGCCGGCACGAUCCUCCUGGGCCAUGAUUUGGACACUUCUCCCGAUGGCUGCCGCAAUGAAGCUGGGGCAGGAGUCGAACAUCGUUUCGGAAGCUACCUUCCGCAUGCACACUGCAGACUCCGAGCACUUGCAGUCCGCCGAUGUGCAGAGCGCACUGAUGGCCCGAUCCUCCAGAAGCACGUCGCACGAGCGUGCCAAUGCCUCAGCGGAAGAUCUCGAUGAGUCACUCGACGCUGUGGUGUCGGCAAAGUUCUUCGGUGGUUUCGUCGAUGCCAUUACAAGCGUCGGCAACGCGCUUGCCGAUGCCGGCGAGAGUAUCGGUUCGGCUGUUGGCAACUCAGCCAUGGUGGUCGGGAAUCGAGUCAUCCAACCACCGAAAUUGAAAUGGAGCGAACUUGGCGACCUGCGGAGCGAUAUCGAGUCCAUCGGAAACGAUGCUUUGCAGGUCACCAGAGUCACAGCUAACACCGUCCGUGAGGUUGGGGAGAUUGCCGUGGAACAAACCAUCGCGCUUGCGAAGACCACGCUGGAGCACGCGAGGAAAACUGCCGAGCAGGGAGCAAAGAUCGCCACGAAAGUGGGGAACUUCAUCGCAGACAAGGCAGUAGCCUUGGGAGGGCAGAUCGCCAAGGUUGGGCCUUUGGCCGCAGGCCUGGGCCCAGCGGCCUGGAACACGAUCAAGAGCUUCGUCUCAUGCUUGUUGCAGACCGUCACUCUUUGCCAUGUCCUCAUCGGGAAGCAUUGUGAUUGUAGUGGCGGAAGCUACGUCCGACUCCACUCCGACAGGAUGGAGAUGCGAUGCGUUUUCAGGGCCACCUCGGAGUUCUCGAAGGCCAUGGGUGUGUACGCUUCAGUGAACACCAACGACAAGGUAUCCGUCCUGCCUGGACAAGACUAUGUGCCGGUCCAAAAGGCGUACGAUGACGUACUGAAGUCCAGAAAGGGCUUGAAGGAGAUGCAGAAGCCAAAGCCAGCGGGCAUGUGCGAAACUGAGCUGAAAGUGGCCGUCGACGGUGUCACACAAUGGAGCCCCGACGUCACGGCGACCGUUCACGACAACGGUGACACUGUGAUCUCGAUCAGCGGAAAUGUCCGGGGCUCCUACGAUACACUCGUCACGGGGCAGGGCAGCUGCAGCUACAAGCUGAGACGAGGCUUUCCGGGCCCCGAAGAUGGGGGGCCUAUCACGAAGACGUUUUGUGCAGGCGGGUUCUGCAUCAUGAUAUCACUUCAGAUGGUUAUAGAGCUGGUUGGAAAGGGUGUCCUCACCGGAACCAUCGACAUGUCGAACGAAGUGGAGUUCCAGAUCUCUGCUACGGUCACCGCCAACAAGAACGGCGAGACGGAUGUUACCGUUAACAGCCUCGGCGUGAAGCAUGAGGAAGCCGUCAAGAUCGGCGCGAGCGCAGAGGCAUCGUUGAGAUUGAGCGCGGGGCCAGAGCUGGUAGUGUGGCCAAUGCCGGGUAUUCCGAUUACCUUCAUGCCCAAGAUCCAUGCUGAAGCUAAAGCGAAGGGGACCAUCCAGCACCCAAGCUCCUCGCCUUGCCUGUAUCUUGAAGUCACAUGA